AUGUCAUCUACACGUAGGCGUCGCCGUAGUUCUAGAAUAAAGCGCUCUAGAAUAAAGCGUUCUAGAACAAAACGUUCUAGAACAAAGAAUUCUAAUAUAAACAUUAAUAAGAGAAACAUAGAUAUAAAAGAUCCACGUUAUAAGCUUCCAUUCAAUUAUGGUAAGUGUAUUUGUGUAUUAUUUUGCUGUUUAUACUUCUUAAUUUUGGGGUUUUUGACAAUCUCAUCCAAUUCUUCCUGUUAGCUACUUUUAAUUUUUAGUCUAAUUCUUCAAUAAUGCUGAUGUCCUGUAAGGUGUUGACUUGCGCGGACUAUGAACUCAUAUUUAAUGACAAAUUUAACCACUAGUUAUAUAUGAGUGCUGAACAGACAUUGUAAGAGCGGGUCUUUUGAGAUUUCAUGUCUUUGCACUAAAUUUGCCUAAAAUAGUGUUUUACAUUUAUAAGUUGUUAUUUUUUAGGAUGGAAACGAGAAUUGGUGAAAAGGAAUACAACAAAUAAAAGUUAUGCAUCAUUUGAUGUAUAUUAUUAUAGCCCAACCAAUGAAAAAUGCCGAUCAUUGGGAAAAAUACGUAAUCAUUUAAAUUCAACGAUUCCGUUAACAACAAAAAACUUCACUUUCUCUAAAAAACGAAUUGGAAUGGAUGAAUCAAAAGAAUUAAUUAGAAAUGCCAUUUCAAAUGUAAUAUAUUUCAUUGAAUUUUGUUUAAUUUUGGUUUCUAUAUAUUAUAAUGUGUUUUUAGCAUAAAAAACAAAAAGUGGGCAGAAAACCUAGACCUAGAAUAAUGGAAGCAGAUGCAGUUAUAGGUAAUAAAUUGAAUUAAUUAUUUCUAAUGAGUUCUGAGUGGAGCUCGGUUAAUAGUAUUGUUUUUUCAACAAUAUAUAUGUCAUAUUACAAUUAUAUCAAUAUUAUAUUGUAACAAUUUGUACGGAUCAGUACCUAGAUUUGUUCCAUAUAAUAUUUUACUCAUACUGAUUUUCGACAAAAUUUGAUAUUAAAAUUUCUUUAUAAAAAAAAUAAUACUUUAAACUCAAAUUGUUUUUUUUUUUUUUUUUUACCAUAAAGUAAGACUUUUAAUGUACCUUCUGUUAAAUUUCUGUUUAGUCCUAAAAAUUUUACCACACAAUACCUACCGAAUAAAAAUUAUGUAUAAAACUCGCAAUAUUAAAAUGUUUAUAAAUAGCUCCAUAAUGGCUUAAUUUUUUUAAACAUUUUAAUUGAAAAAUUAAAUUAAUUUUAUUUUGUUUGAAAUAUUUUAGAGCCUUUAAAUACAACUUCAUCUACACCAGAACGUCAAUCUGAAGAAAGUCAAUCUGAAGAAAGUCAAGCUGAAGAAAGUCAUGCUUCUCAGUCAACAGUUUCUCCUCCAAAACUCGAUAUGGAAAAUUAUACAAAUGUUGAACAACGGUAGCAUAUACAUUUUAUUUAAUAUUUUUAUUGCUUAAACAGUUUUUGAUUGUUUGUUUCUAAUUUGGCUUCACAAAUUUAAUGCUAAAUUAAAGGGUUGUUAUCCUUGCACUUCCUUCAUAAUCUUCCCUCAAUCAAACCAUAAUAUACAUGAAUGGAUAAAAAUAAAUUAUCAACAUCAGAUGGAGAACUUAUCAUGCAUGUUCCAUGUGGAAUCAACUGCGACAAAGAAAAAUAUGUGUAAAGUUAUCAGGACAAGUACAUUAGAUUCUUCUAAUUUCUUUAUUGAUCAGUUCAUUUAUUUAUUUAUCAGUUUCAAAAGUGAAGAACAAUGAGAUCGAUAAACAUAUUUAUGAAGAUAAUUCUUUUAUAAUCAUAGUUACAUGCUAAAGGCAUAUUUGUAAAAUUGUUAUGUCAGCUGGCAGUUUUCAUGAACCAUAUGUGUAUCAAAUGAAACAGACAGUUUGAUGACUUGUGUUGUACAAGAACCUAAAAAUAUAGAUGAGUAAAUAAAUAUUUAAUUGUCUCUUUAUUUUGGAGAAAUGUAAUAUUGACCAGGCACAAAGUAACAUUGGUCAUUAGUCUUAUUUUUAUGAAGAAGAGUAAUAUAUUUUUUUAAUACUUUAAUUCAUUAAAUUGAUUAUGUUUUUUUUCAGAAUUGAGGGGAAAAAUCUACAUCCUUAAUUUCUUUCAACCCCUAUUUGUAUUUACUUAUUAUUUCAUUCAAAUUCUAAGACCCUUUUUGUUUGCAUGUUUAAAGGUAGUAUAUAUAUGUAUGUAUUUAUAUAUGCCUGAUGGAGAACAUACAAACAAAAAAAAAAAAAAAAAAAAAAGCUUUUUCAAUUUAAAACCAGGAAAUAGUAAUGAACUCAAUUAUUUUUAUUGAAUUGUUACAGAAUAUUUGAAAUGAAUGGGCUACCAGCAAUAAUAAUUGGUCUAAAUUCAAAUAUGCAAUCAUUUAAUGAUUUAAGUAAUUCACUGAAGUUUGUUUUUCAAUAUUUAAAAACGAAAGAUCUAAUAACUGUAACCAGAGUGUGUUCUUCUUGGAACUGUAUUGCAAUGGAUACAUGUUUAGUAAGAACAAUUAAGUAAUUAUACAAUAAUUCAUAGUGCUCAAAAAUGAAUAUCCUAAAAAAAUUAAGACUCAACAAUUAUAGAUAAAUUAAAUAAAAUUGUGCUGUUUUAAUGUCAAUAAAUUAAAAGAUAAUAUCUAAAACAAUGACAUAUUAUAUAGUAUUUUUUCAAUUAAAAAUAGCUUCUUGACAACUAAGGUUAAGGUAUUUAAGACUUGUUAUAUUGAAAAACUUAAUAAUAUGACAUUAUUUGUAUAAACUAUUUUUUUUAUACAAUACAGCUUAUAAUACAAAUUAGUUUUUUUAAUGUUUCAUAAAAAAAAUAAUUCGUAAAAACUGCAAUAAAUAGAUUUUCAUUAUAAGAUAAGGUGUGUAUUUGAUCAUUUUGAGCAGUCAUUAUAUCAUAAAAGUUGCAAAUGUAUUUAAAUUUGAGCCUAAGAUUUCAAAUAAUUGUCUUAUACUUUAAUCAUUGACUUGUUAUUUUAGUUUAAAAUGUUUUUUUUUCUAGUGGCAAAAUGUUCAAUUAAAAAAUGUGAUGGUUAGUGACUGGAAGAAAUUAGUAGAAUUUCUUAAAGUGAAAAGAUGUAUUUCAUUAGACACUGAUGGCUUGUUAAUGCCUUCAAAAGUUCAGGACUUAGAGCUUUUUUGGUCAAAUUUUUCUCAAGCCAUACCCAAUGCAACUAAAUUAAAAGUUCUUAAACUAUAUAAAUGUCCAAUUAAGGUUGUUUAUGAUGUUAUGUGUUCAUUACGUCAACUUGAAAAAUUGAAUAUCAAUUCAAUAAAGUAAUAAUAAGAAUAUGAUUUUUUUAUACUUAACAAAAUUAUAGCUAAUGAUUUAAUUAAUUUUAUUAUUUUUCAGAAAUCCACAUGUACCGGGUGAUGCAAAAAUUGUAAAUGAACUUAACAUUAACAUGGACUAUGUGAGCGACAUGAUAAAUCUAACAGAAUUACGAAUUAAUGAUCAAACUGGAAUUAAACUGUUAUCAUCACCAGAACUAACAUUUUCACAUUUGACCAAACUAAAAACUUUGGUAAGUUAUCAUAGUUGUACUUCAAGAAUAACUCAAAUUAUAAUUCUACUAGUAAACGGAGAAGUUUAAAAUGUUUUUAAUUUUAUGAACUACUAAUUGUUUUCAAUUUAAUUAAUUAAUUGAUUAUCCUUUAAAAAUAUAUGAAUGCACAAUAAUUACUAUUCAACUAAUUAUACUUGUAUACCAUUUAUUUAUUUCAAUGUAUAAUUGUAAUAAUUACUAUGAUUUUAUUUAUUUUUAUGUUUUAACUUUUUUUUUUUAGUCAUUGACAUCUAUUAUAUCAUUCCCUGAAGAUAUCUGCAUGAAUUUGGGAACAAUUUCAAUUGACCUGGAAGUUUUAGAAAUAGGAGACUGUGAAUGGUUACCUGUUGAUUUCCCAAUGUUUUUAAAAAAACUAACUAAUUUAAGAUCCUUAAGAUUAGAAAAAUUUUGUAAAAGACAGGAAAAAUUUGAAAAAGAAACUUUUAAUGCCAUUAGAUCUUUGAAAAAAUUAAAGAAAUUGGAACUGAUCAACAUUGACUUUAGUAAUUGCGUGGCACAAAAAUUGGCAAAAUGCGAUGGUAUAAAAGCUUUACUGAUAAUUCCUACCUAUAAUUGCGAAGUAAGUAUUAUAAUAUUGUAAUUUUUAACACACUUAUUACAUCUUAUUAAUAUGAUUUAUUCUUUCAGUCUGCAACAAUCAAUCGGUGUCGCCUAAUUGGUUGUCUUGAAAAACUCUCGAAAACAUUAACACAUGUAGUUUUGGGACUAAAUCAGUCAGAAAUAAGAGAACCUUUUAACAAAAUCCCAAAUUUAAGAUCAAAAAAAUUAGGACUGAAACCACAACCUAAAGACUUAGAAAUUCCUGAUAUUGACAAAGACAAGUCGAAUAAUUUAGACCUACUUUCAUUACCAUACCUACAAAACUGGUUGGAUUCAAAAAUGGUAAAGGCUAAAACUAAAGUUAUUAAGAUAUGCUGUUCAGAAACUACUACAUUGUAUUUAUCAGAACAGUUUUAUGAUCUUUAA